AAACGCUUUAGAUCAAUCUUCUAUUCCGUUGACGAUCACUGGCGCACUGAAAAUGUCCUGGAUAGCACCGAAUUCCGCCAUUGCACUAAAUCUGCUGUAAAGCAAAUAAGCCCGCCAUGGUGAACCGUUGUGAAAAAGACACAGACACUGGUGUGCAUUGUUCGCAUAAAUUCCGUUCUCGCCGAGGUGCGUCCUGUGCCAUUUAGUUGCGUCCUGUGCCUGCCACAUCCUUCAAAGUCACAGCCACAAGAGUGUUUGAACGAAAAACAAUUCUUCGAAAGUAUUUAAAACCUCAUCCACAGCUGAGAAGAGAAUUCAUUGUUGCGUCCAACAGUCAGCAGAAAAAUGUCUCAGAAGACGAAGAAGCCAUCCGUAAAACCGUCCUCCACGACGGCCAACACGCCCAGCGGUGCCCAGUCCGUGUCCUCAUCCGCAUCGACCGUGUCAAGCGCAUCGGAAUCGAUGGAAACGGCUCUCAGCCCGACGCGCCACAGUCGACUGCAUGAAAAAAACAGUCUCAUGAAUCUGAACGAUCGGUUGGCCUGCUACAUCGAUCGGGUACGUUUUCUGGAGCAGGAAAACUCCCGCCUAUCGCUUGAACUGUCCACGAUGCAGGAUACGGCGGCCCGGGAAGUGUCCGGGUUGAAGGCCAUAUAUGAACACGAGCUGGCGGACGCACGCAAACUGCUAGACGAAACGGCACGCGAGAAGGCGAAGAUGGAAAUAGAGUCAAAGCGCACCUUGGAGGAAAAUGACCUACUGCGAACCAAGCUGAACCGGCGCACGAAGGAGGUCAGCGAGCUGGAAAGGGAGGCGCGUACGAAUGAGGCCCGGUGCAUCGAGUUGACCGCCAACUUCAACAGUGUCUGCUCCGAGCGGAAGAAGCUGCAGGAUGAGCUCCGGGAAGCGGACAAAGAAACGGACAAGCUGCGCCGUUCGUUCGAAGCGGUACGGAAAGAUUUCGAGCACGAAACGCUGAUACGGGUCGAUUUGGAAAACAAUAUCCAAAGCUUGCGCGAGGAGCUCACCUUCAAGGAGCAGGUACACAGCCAGGAACUUAGCGAAAGUAAACUACGCCGCCAGAGUGAGAUCAGUGAAAUCGAUGGCUUUCUCAUGGAGCAGUACGAGACGAAGCUGCAGCAGACGCUUCAGGAGUUGCGCGAUCAGUACGAGCAACAGCUGCGCCUGAAUCGGGACGAAAUGGGCAACCUGUUCGAGGGGCGCAUCCAAGCGCUAGAGGAGCGGUUGGUAAGCGAACGUGCGCGGUAUGACGAGGAAAAAGCCAAAUUCCAAAAGCAGCAUGAUCAGAUGCGCACCGAGAUGGACGUUCAGUUGAAAGAUUAUCAGGAUCUGAUGGAUAUCAAGAUUUCGCUCGACAUGGAAAUAGCGGCGUACGAUAAGCUACUGUCGACGGAAGAGACGCGUCUCAACAUUACGCCGAACGUGACCAGCUCCAGUUCGGCUGCCGGUGCCGCUGCGUUCACCUCCAGCUCACGGCUGUUCCGUACGCCCUCGCUUAAACGCAAGCGCAACAAUCUGGACGAAUCGUUGGACUAUUCGGUGGUGGCAUCGGCCAAGGGUGACAUCGAGGUGACGGAGUGUGAUCCCGACGGUCGGUUCGUGCGCAUCGCAAACAAAUCGAAACAGGAGUACAAGCUGGACGGCUGGCAGCUGAUUCGUCGGCCGACGGAUGCGACCGAGGUAUGCUAUCGGUUCCCGAAGUCGGCCAAAAUCGAGGGCAACGGUAUAGUGACGGUGUGGGCAAACGUGGCGAACCGGAAACCGGAUCCACCGACCGAUCUGGUAAUGAAGAACGCCUUGUGGACGGUAACGGAUACGAUGGCGACCGUGCUGCAGAACGAAGAGGGCGAUGAGAUGGCGAUUGUCGAACGGCACCGCAUGAUGAAGCCACCGAAGGACAAAUACUUCCACGAGGAGAGUGGCGGCCGGUUAGCGGUGUAUUCAACAUCCGGCGUGAACAGGUCACCGUCAGCAUCGUCGAUCGGACGAGUUCCAAACAAAAACGAUGAACAGUGUGCCGUCAUGUGAAGCGUUUAGGUUCCUUAUUUUUUUUAGCGUUUUUUCCUAAUAUCAUUGUAGUGUUUUGUUUAUAAACAUUUUCAAGUAUCAUAUCCGUACGCGCAACGCCACCAUUCGUUAGGUCAUUUUGAACGUAAAAAUGUAAAACCCCUCCCCGGAGACACACGGACAUUUAUGGCAUUUUUUGGUUACGAUAAAUGAUAUACCUAAAUACGAUCAAUAAAUGCAUGCAAUUCUG